AUGGCCCAUGGACAUGGACAUGGACGUGAACAUGGUCACAGUAAAAUGGAACUUCCAGAUAAUAAACAAUGGAAGACAGAAAGGACACCAUUAGAAACUGUGCAGGAGAGGCUGGCUGCACAAGGGCUAAGGGACCCAUGGGGCUGCAAUGAAGCUUGGAGACACAUUGGUGGCUUUGCAAACAACGUUUCCUUUAUUGGUGCAUUAUUGAAAGGAUUCAAGUGGGGAUUUGCUGCACUUGUGGUAGCUGUAGGGGCUGAAUGUUACCUGGAGUCCCAGAAUAAAGGUAAGAAGCAUCACUGAAGAUAAUAUCUGGAAGUAUCUUAAUGGCUUCUUAACUCUCUUAAAAAUAAGAUUUCUUCACUG